AUGGCGGAGCCGUUGCGGUUGAGUGGAAUUUAUUGGUGUGUGAGUGCCGUCAUGAUUUUGAACAAGCCCAACGCAUUAAGUCGUGAAGCGAUUAUUGAAUAUAUUCGAGAAUGUCAACGACCUGAUGGCGGUUUCGCACCAGCUACCCAUCAUGACAGCCAUCUUCUCCAUACGUUGAGUGCAGUGCAGAUACUUAUGAUGUAUGAAGCACUGGAUAGCUUUGACUUGGAUAUGAUCGCUGAUUAUGUACGAAAAUUACAAAAUGAAGACGGUAGCUUUGGUGGCGAUGUAUCAAAUGAAGUAGACACGAGAUUUUCGUUCUGCGCCGUUGCCACCCUUUAUCUUAUUGACAGGCUUCAUGUAAUUGAUGUGGAGAAAGCGAUUAAAUACGUGCUUAGAUGUUAUAAUUUUGAUGGUGGUUUCGGGACAAGACCUGGUUCAGAAAGCCAUUCUGGACAGGUGUAUUGUUGUCUUGGAACCCUGUGUAUUACCAGGAGGCUUGAUUCAAUUGACAGGGACCGGACAGCAGAGUGGCUGGCACAACGCCAGUGUGCUAGCGGAGCUAUUGCAACUAUUCUUCAGGGAGCGUUGAUGAAAUUCAUCUACGCAUGUCAGGACGAUGAGACGGGCGGGUUUUCAGAUCGUCCUGGAGAUUGUGUUAUUUAUACUCUUGGUUCACCUAGUUUCUUGUUUCAGCCUGAUCCAUUCCACACAUUGUUCGGUGUCGCAGGUUUGUCCUUACUUGGACGAGAAGGUCUAUGCCCUGUUGAUGCUGUAUUCUGCAUGCCGAAAUACACACUCAAGGAAAAAUCGUUGUGCUAA